AUGGGCAGUUUGGGAGAGAUUUUGACACACCCGGGUGACAUAUACCUGCUGUUGAAGCUGAAAAUGGCGGAUUGCCAUGUCAAGAAGCAGCUCCCUCCGGAGCCGCGCUGGGUCUUCUGCUACACUCUUCUCCACAAGGCUUCUCGCGAUUUCAGCCUCGUCGUUCAACAGCUCGACACCAGACGUAUUUAUCCUAAAGCAAAACAGACAUUUGAAAAGAAAGAAGAUCAAAAGAGAAAUGUGGAGAAAAUGGGCAGUUUGGGAGAGAUUUUGACACACCCGGGUGACAUAUACCUGCUGUUGAAGCUGAAAAUGGCGGAUUGCCAUGUCAAGAAGCAGCUCCCUCCGGAGCCGCGCUGGGUCUUCUGCUACACUCUUCUCCACAAGGCUUCUCGCGAUUUCAGCCUCGUCGUUCAACAGCUCAACACUAGGUGGCUUGGAUCACGUCAGGGUCCACCCAAGUUCCUACACUCCAACGCCACUAGUCAUAAAUGGGCCCUUGGAGCUUUUGCAGAGCUUUUGGACAAUUCUCUGGAUGAGAUCUGCAAUGGAGCCACAUACGUUAAUGUAGAUAUCCUUCAAAAUAAGAGAGAUGGGAACAAAAUGUUGCUGAUUGAAGACAAUGGAGGUGGGAUGGAUCCAGAGAAAAUGCGACAAUGCAUGUCUCUUGGGUAUUCUGAAAAAAGCAAGAUAGCAAACACCAUCGGGCAAUAUGGAAAUGGUUUUAAGACAAGUACCAUGAGGCUCGGAGCAGAUGUUAUUGUGUUCUCACGUUGCUCUUUUGCUGUUAUGGAUGUUGAAACGAUCGAGAAGAUUGACUGUGAAAAAGGAGGACAAGAAUGGAACAAGAUAAUACGAUCAUAUGCUGCUGAUUGGAAUAAGAACGUGGAAACAAUAGUGCAGUGGUCUCCAUUUUCAAGUGAAGCAGAUCUUCUUCAACAGUUCAAUUUUCUGAAAGAAAAUGGAAUGCGUAUAAUCAUAUACAACCUUUGGGAGGAUGACUCAGGGCAGUUGGAACUUGAUUUUGACACUGAUCAGCAAGACAUUCAUAUUAGAGGCGUCAACCGAGAUGAGAAGAAUAUACAAAUGGCAAAACAGUUUCCAAACUCCAGGCACUUUUUGACUUACCGGCAUUCAUUAAGGCCCUUUUGGAGGCUUUGGAAUGCUGCAGGGAGUGAUGGCCGAGGAGUAAUAGGUGUAUUAGAGGCUGAUUUUGUUGAACCAGCUCAUGAUAAGCAGGGGUUUGAGCGUACAAUAGUUCUUUCAAGGCUUGAGACACGAUUGCAACAAAUGCAAAAGACAUACUGGUUUGUUCUUCUCAUCUCUGUUAAGGAGUCUUGA